AUGGCUCCUCGAAGAAAAUGUCCUAUCUGCGGCAGUAGGAGAUGGCGCAAGGAUUCCGCUAGUGGAAUGAUAACUUGCAGCGAGGGACACGUCCUUCAAAACUACAGGACGGAGUCAGGAGAUGCCGAAGAUUAUGGUACUCAUACCAUGAGGAAGCGCACAUUGAAGUCUACUCGCGAGAAGGGAAUCGUGAACAAGGCAGACCCUAAGCUCUAUCACGGCGACAGAGCACGCUUCCAUUACUACCAGUGUCUCCAAUUACUACUCCGGAAGCAAAUUUCAGCGUUGAUCAGCCUAUGGAAUCUUCCCCAGGAGUUCGAGAUGAUAUGUAGAGAUCUGUGGGCGCUGCACUUGACUUUGAUUCGCGACCCUCCGCCUGCGGAACCCUUACAACAUGCACAAGAGAUGAAGGGUCCUGCGCCUAGAAUGCAUAAGGAACGUUCUGAUAUGUCUGAUGCGAAGGGUUUUGAGGACGAUCAGCAAAAUUCCUGUGCGGGAUAUUCGAGCAAUGAAAAUAGCACGGAUUCGGAGCUGGAAGCUCUCCUUCAAGAAAAUUCUGCAGGAAGUUCAACGGCUUCGGAGGACGAAGACCACCAUGCUAAGAAGAAAUAUCAUAUCAAGCUGAGCACGCGGUUUAUUGGUGACUCUGAUCAUCCGGUGAAUACGGUUGCUGUCCUGGUACUGGCAUGCUGGACUAUUCGUUUGCCACUUGUCUAUAUGGACAUUAUCAAUGCCAUCGAGGACCACUCCAUCCCCUACCUUGACCACGUCCGCUUCUUACCCUCAUCGCUUACAUGCCAUCUCACGAAACACGCCAUCCAGGCGUUGUCUCCGCAUCACGCACCAAGAAUUCCCUCACUCCAUCGUUUAGUGUCACGCUUAGGCAAUCGGCUACACUCGAACUUUGGUCUUUCAAUUCCAGAGUUGAAUGUUGCUCCGAUCCUCUGGCGGGUAGUCCGUCAGUGCUUUUGUGGCACUCCUAUGUUGUACAGCCUGAGUAAACGACUGGGAAGCGUGCUAUCACUGCCAAUUUCUCUUCACCAUUCAUUGGCGCCCGUUCCGUCUGGUGUCGAAAGCCGCAUGCACUACAAUGCACCGCCCGAGGCUGCCCUCGCCAGUUCAGCUAUCGUGGUUUUGAAGCUUGUCUAUGGACUGGAUGGGAAAAGGAGGCAAGUUGUGAUGGCAAGUAGUGGUUGCGUCGUCGUGGAUAACUUUGGUACCAGGCUUCCCAGGAUUGCUCAAGACGUGGCCUGUACUUUCCCUGACGUGGAUCAAUUUCUAGCCACACUGCGAGAGGCCAAUCGCGCUAAACCAUUCAUCAAUAACCAUCCGUUUAGCGCUCGGAUACCUAUGUCAGUUGGUGAUUUGGGCCAUGCGAGCUUGGACGAGUAUCUUGAUUUUUGCGAGGAGACGUUGGUGGCGCCACAAACCAACGAGCACCGGAUUCUCGACAACUAUUUCCCCCUUUCGAACGAGAAUGCAAUGAGAAGUCAGACUGUGGUCACGAGUGGUCCUGUGACAAAGGCAGGGUCGCCGAUGGAGACGAACGACAGUGAACCGGACAUUUUGCAGCCGGGAGAGUCUUAUACAAUUUACCAUUCUGAAGACGUCCUGGGAAAUGUUCCCUCCGAACUGGACGUAAUCAUCCAGCGGGCGUGCCGAUGGGCAGGGGUAAGUAGCGAUUACUUGUGUAGCGUGGUGGAGCAAUAUGAGCGGCGGUUAAUGCGCUGGUGGCAAGCUGAACGACAGUACGAAGGGGAAAAACGUUGGGAGGAUGGCACUGAUGCGGCUGCCGCUUAACGCGACGUGUCUUUUCCUCGUUGUCCCUCGCAUUAUUGAAAUGCGGUCGCACGUGGAUAUAUGUAGACAUGAGGGGGGUGACUUUGCCCUAAGCAGUGUAGUAUUACUGCGCCUGUGCCAAUAUUACUACGUUGGAUUUAUAAGACAUCAUGUUCUAGUCCUUUUGAUCGUCGUCGUCGUCCACAGUACUGUCGCUCUUUUCUCCCGUCACUCUCAUGCGGCGGCUUGCUUCUGUCUUCAUUUCACGGAGUGACAGACCAGAUGCACCUUCGACUGUCUCGAACGAAGGCUCGCAGCCCCGACAACCUAAGGGGCCCAGUGUACUCGCCUCCCUAGCGAGAAGAGCGACUCAAACCUCCAUACCAUCGCUUCUCCCUAGCAGUCUCACCAAUUCAUCUUCAUCCUCGUCCAGUGGGUCCACUG